CCCCCCAAUCCCGAGGACUUCGGGGUCCCCGCACCCCCUUGAGGAUUUAUAGUGCGCUGUGGGGGUCGCUUCUGCUGCUCUGGGCUGCCCCCCCCCACACGCACCCCCCCUCUGCACCUGGGAUGUGACAGCCUGUUUCUGGAGCUGCCCAUUGACUAUGGCCCCGUAGCUGUCAGGAGACCUUAUUCCUUCUGUAUGGCCCAGCCUAGGGGAGCCGCUGCCCCGGUCGCCUUUCCCCCGGCGGGCGUGUGACAUCGGGGCGAGCCCGCUUGGGUUGUGGCUGUUUCGUGGUGUGUGGGGGGGUUUCUUUUUCUUUUAAUUUAGUAGGAGUCGGUUUAUUUCCCCCCACCUCUCCCUGCGUGUGGCAGAGACUCCGGGGGGAGAGAAGAGAGAGCCUUGAAACCAUUGUGCUGCCAGACUAUUUUUGUAUGAUUCUGGGGGCGUAGGGAGGAAAAGAAGAGACGUCUAUUUUUAUUAAAGAGAUUAUUAAAAAAAAGAAAAGAAAAAGAAAAAGAAAACCAAGAUGGCUGGAGGUGGCCGUGAUGAGCGUGUUGGCUUUUUUUUUUUGAUCUGAUGAUAAAGCCAAAAGACAACAGCAGCUGGUGCUACACAGACUCGAUUUGGAGUUUCCCCUCCUUAAACUGACACAUCAGGCGCAUACUUUACAGGGUGGUGCCGUCUACCAGAUCGAUUCUUUUUUCUUGUUUUUAUUACUUUUUUUUUAAAUCUACCCUUCUUUCUCUGGUGGCUCUAUUUUUAAAAUCCAAACUGAGAGAGGCAACUCAAAAUGGCUGAGAAUUGACUAGAUCCUGCUGGAAUUGUACAUUUCAGCCGUCUUCUUUCAGCUUCUCCCUCUCACCCCCUUUUUUGCAGGCUGGAUCUGAAAGGAGAAAUAGCUUUCAUGUCAGAGAGAAAACAGAGAAGAGAAGGAAAAGGAGGGGGAAGGGCUCUUCAUUAGCAGUUGAGAAAUUCCUUUUCAGUUUGAUCAAGGCAUGCUUGUUUUCCUACCAGCGACCCAGCUCUCUCCCAAAUAUUGAGCUUCUGUUUUGUUUUAUUAUUUCUCCUUUUGGAUGUUUUUACCUUGAAUCAGAAUCUCUCCAGAUCCUGAAACAAGAUUUUCAUUUUCUAAACCUGUUCCCUAGUGAGAAUUUAGAGCACAGGUUGAUUUUUGUUUCAUGGGCCUUUUUUUCCCCCCCUCUCCCGAACCUUUUUUCUUCUUCUUUCGUUCUCAUUCCUGUCUGUGAAAGGAGGAAGGAACAGGGAGCGUUCCUUUGGCUCUGGGCUGGAAUUUCAUCUGAAUGAUUGACCUAUCUUCCCACUGUAUUCUUCCGUCCAAGAUCUCACUAUUCCAAAGCAACCGACAGAAUUUUUUUUGCUGCUCAGCUGGGUUAGAAGAAAAUCUUUGGGGCAGUUGAAAGAAUCCAGUUAGUUGUUUCAUUGUUUUUUUAAUCUUCCAUUUGGAUCUUAACUCUUGUUUUUUUUUUUAAGACUAAUUCCUAGCUCCCCUCAGGGAGAAAAGGAAGGGGGAAAAAAACCGGAGACAGUCUAUUCUCUUGGGCUUCUGACCGGGUUGGUGGACAAAAGUCCCUUUAAAAUAUUGAAUGUCAGUUGCAAACCGAAGACAAGAAAAAUCAAAUCCGGAGUUCUAAAUUUAGGAGGUUUUUAUAGAACUUGGACUCUGCUACUGGAUUUUGUAUGGAUUUUUUUUUUCCAACCUUCAGUAAGUUUCGAUUCACCUUCCGGAAUCAAAAGAAACAAAACUGCUCCUAAGAGUUGUUAAAAUUGUGGGCUCUAAACCCUGAAAGCUUCUGUGUUUUUUUUCAACUGACACUGGCCCUUAAUCAAAUCAUAUAUAUACAUUUUGUUAGUGUUUGAGUUUCGUAGAACUCUGCUCUGUAGGUUAUUUUACUUUGAAUUUUAGGAUAGACUGUAGUUUUUAUUUUUUAUUAUUAUUUUAUUUUUCAAUAGCAGUUUUCCGGCAGACUUCCCACUGCAGGGGGAAGAGCCCACUCUCCAGCUGCAUCUGUAGAUCAAACUGAAAUAGUAAGAGAGAGAUUAUAAAUCUAUCCGUAGAAAUGGCUGAAAAUUGGAAGAACUGUUUCGAAGAGGAACUUAUAUGUCCCAUUUGCCUGCAUGUCUUUGUGGAACCCGUUCAACUUCCUUGUAAGCACAAUUUCUGCAGGGGCUGCAUAGGGGAGGCGUGGGCCAAAGAGACUGGGUUAGUGCGCUGUCCGGAAUGCAAUCAGGCCUACAACCAGAAACCCAACCUGGAGAAGAACUUGAAACUGACCAACAUUGUGGAAAAGUUCAACUCCCUCAACCUGGAGAAGACCCCCUCGGUCUUGCACUGCGUCUUCUGCCGCAGGGGCCCCCCGCUGCCCGCCCAAAAGAUUUGUCUGAGGUGUGAGGCCCCCUGCUGUCAAUCUCACGUGCAGACGCACCUGCAGCAGCCCUCCACGGCCCGGGGGCACCUCCUGGUGGAGGCGGACGAUGUCCGGGCCUGGAGCUGCCCCCAACACAACGCCUACCGACUGUACCACUGUGAAGCGGAGCAGGUCGCCGUGUGCCAAUUCUGCUGCUACUACAGCGGGGCCCACCAGGGCCAUUCGGUGUGUGACGUGGAAAUCCGGCGUAACGAGAUCAGGGUAAGUGGACCCCGCGGUUGUCCCUUUCUCUGAGACGGUCGUGCUGGUUGCAGCGCGCCCGUGGUGUGCAUGGUGCUGUCCAAGAGACGAGCAAAGGCAAGUAAGUCCCUGCCCCGAGGAGAUUCCAGUCGCAAAGAGAUGGUCAAAGUCCUUAAAAAUAAUGUGUCAUUGGAACCGACCUGGGUCUGGCCAGUGGGGCAAGGCGAAGGGACUUCAUAGAUCUCUUCCAAUUUGAGUGGGGGAUGGAAGCGAAUCACUUCCCCUGCGUAUUUGCCUAUCUGAAUCUUUACCUAGCCCCCCACGGCGAUUCUUUUUGAUCAAGGGCUUUUACUCAGUUGUGAAGAUUCCAGACUCAAGUGGGCACAGUCAAAUCUGACACCCCCUCCCCAAAUUCUAUCUGCUUUAAAAUCAUUAGGGGAGGAAUUUGCCACCUAUUCCCCGAUCUACCUCAUCUUUAAUCCUCUGUUGUGCUUUGAGAAUCUUUUUAUUUGUUUAUUGAAAAGGCCCAGUGUUUAUGUAGGACCUACAAAAUAACUCCUUGCACUCCUCCUCCCUGAGGGUUCCGCAGCUGCCAUUUGAUUCAAUGUCCUGUUCCUAGCUCCUCAGUGGUGCUGGGGUAGAAAUGAGGAAGUAAACAAAAGCAGACAUGAGAGACACAAAGUAAUAUCUUUGACUGGACCAACCUACAUACUGUGUCUCAUAUCCUGUGGACUAGUGUGGCUACAAAAGCACUAAAGCAGACGUUAAUUUCAAGCUGAGCUGGAAAGGCAUCGUGGGGGUGGGGGAAAGUGCGCGCCAAACAGGGGUGGGUGAUAAAAUCACUGGGAUGGGGUAUGUGUUUUCCGCUUUCAAGGGGUUAUUCAGACAAUGGAGUGGAGGUGGAGGAGAGGAAGCAGCGAGGCAUUUGAUGGGGAUCUUUUGAAGUCAUUUGUCACCCACUGGUGACAAUAGGACUUGAAACCUUCCAACUGCUUUGCAGACUAAUUAACAAAGAGGAUAUGGGUAACUUGGCGAGGCAGCUAAUUAUGGGUAUGUGGUUAUAAGGUAAAGGGUCUGAGUGAUCCCCUCCUUGGGCCAUUUGUUGCAGCGAAUGAACGCUGAACGAAAUCAUCCUGGUUUAGAACAAAACAUCAGCAAAGAGAGGCCCUUUGCCCGAGGACUUGCUUCCAGAACCUUUUCUGAAGGCCCUGUUUGCUUUCCAAAUAAGCGAGGGUGGAAGGGAAAUCAGAUGGGUUCGUAGGUUGAAUUGCAUUGAAAUCUGGUUUCAGGCAGCUUGCUCCCAGGGGUGGCAAGCAAUGCCUUGAUUACAAUGCAUCCCUCCCUUGGUAUGGCUUGUCCGGGUCAAAUCAGCCUCUCCUCUCUCUUCCCACCGCUCCGGGCUCCACCAGAGUCUCCCUCCUCUGGCGAUGUUUGAAACCCCUUGGAGGUGCGUGUUGGGGAGGAGGGGUGAGGCAGGGGUAGGAACUUGAGCAGCUGGGGUUGGUGUCACCAGUGCUUGGCCUUCUCGGGGAGAGGGCAGCAUGGGGGCGCAGAGGGCUAAUGCGCCAGCUUUUCUGCCUGUGGGCGCUUAGGCUGACAUUUGGCUGAACAAUGAAGAGUUUGUGGUGGGGACGGGUGGGACCCGUGCCCAUCCUGGGAGGAGCACAGACCACUGGGGUUUCGCGAGCUCGUGCCCAGAACUGGAAUAAUAGGGGGUUUUGUACGUUGAAGCUUGUUUGGCAGCGUGGCCUGGUGGAGUCCUUCCUGCCCUAAUCCUGGGGUCUAGUCCCUGCCUUUAGCUGCGGAGACUGGGGACAGCUAACAAGCGCGGAGGCCAUCAACCCAUCCCAGCGUUGCUGUCUUCCUUGGGAGAGGCCUCUCCUCUUCUGUUCUGCUGUCUCCCGCACAACUGCUUCAGGGCAGUGGGGCCCUCGCUUCCUCCCAGCGCCAGAGUGCGCGGAAUAAAUAUUUAACAGUGAAUCUAAUGGUGAUUGCUGUGAAAUGGGGAUGAUUUCCUGUGUAUUUUAAUGCUGCCAAGAUGAGUCACCGUUUAGCAAUUAAAAAAAAAAACACACACACGGUAAUAAAUAAAAAGCGCAACAUAAUUACUUUCCAGUUGGAUGGCCAGGCUGGGGGGGGAGGGGA